GUGUGUGUGUGUGUGUGUGUGUGUGUGUGUGUGUGUGUUUGUGCGUGUGUUUGAAUCUGUAUGUGUAGCAGUGCAGCACGCAUUGGACAUUAUAUCGGCUCUAGAACCAACCAUGCUGUCUCGCCUUUUCCGUGCACAUUGAAGUUUAGCGGACUUGCAUGGUCCGUUUUCACGAAAUUGUUGCCGAGUUUCUCGGGACAUUUAUCCUCGUACUCACGGUUGGUUGCAAUGUCCUCAGUGGCAAUACUGCCUGGGGUGGAGUUUCAGUCGGUAGCGCUCUGAUGGUCUGCGUCUACGGCCUGGCACCUAUUUCUGGUGCAAACUUCAAUCCUGCAGUAUCAGUGGCCCUGGGUCUUGUGUCGAGCAUGGGUCUCGCCGACUUCGAGUUUCCUUGGAAGAAGGUUGUCAUUUACACGUCGACGCAGUGCCUGGCCGCGGUCGUGGCGGAGCGAGGUCCUCCUCGGGAUCGCCGCGCCUCCGCAGAGGAUGCCCCGCCGAGGCCGCCGUGGGCCACGCGGCCCUCUUCCGGAACUCCUUCCGCCUGCAGCCCGGCGCAGGCUUCGGCUGGGUCAACGCUGGACUUGUGGAGUUCUUCUACACCUUCAUGCUGUGCUUCGUCGUGCUCAACGUUGCCGUUAGCACGUCGGCCAGGAAGGACCAGAAUCAGUUCUUCGGCCUGGCCAUCGGCUUCGUGAUCGUCGCCGGCGCCUAUGGAGGAGGCGUAGUGUCCGGGGGAUGCGGGGGCUGGUGGGUCGACGGGCUGCCCCUGGCCUGGGCGCCCUCAGCCGAGCAGCGGAGGGACGGGCAGGUUGGGACCCGGUCAAGAACCACGGACGUCGUCGGCCCUCGGCCCUGGGUCCUCGGCCCUCGGCGAGCGCGCGCUCGGCCCUCGGCCGGCCUUCCAGGCUUCAACCCCGCGUUGGCCCUGGGCGCCCACUUUGCGAUCGGCUUCGACGGCCAUCUCGCUUACCUCGUCUACGCCUUCUGCCAGCUGCUGGGUGCGGGGGCGGCCGCCCGGCUCUUCAAGGUGGUCCGGCCCUGGGACUUCGGGGGCGCCGCCGCCGCCGCCGGCGGCGCGCAGAAGGCCCCACAGCUGGUCGCGGAGUUCCUCGGCAGCUUUGUGCUCGUGCUGACGGUCGGGCUGAACGUGCUCGGGCAGUCGACGGCCGGGGCGUUCUCGAUCGCCGCGGCCCUGAUGUCCAUGAUCUACGCCCUCGGCGACGUCUCGGGCGCGCACUUCAACCCCGCGGUCACCGUGGCCGUCGCCGCCAUUGCGCAGCACAAGCCGAAGGAUGUGAUCCCGUACGUCGCUGCCCAGGCCCUUGGGGGCUUCUCCGCGGCCCUCACGUACAGCCUGAUCUACGCCGGCGCUGGCUUCCCGCUGACGUCCGACCCGACGUGGGCCCGUAUCGCCCUCGCCGAGGCAACGAUAGCGCUGGCGGAGCCGUUCAAGAUUGAUCACUCCUCUGGGAAACCGUUCAAGCGCGUCUUCACCUGA